AUGGCUCAAACCCAGCCGCCACAGAGCUUCGCCAACGAAGAGAAGCUCGAACCGUCCGUCAAGGAAAAUCACGUCCAAACCGAGUCGCACAUCUCCCAACUGGAAAAUGACGGUCGUCAGCCCGUCCCACUGUCUUGGAAGCUCGCCUCCAUCGUCCUCGUUACCGCAAUUGGCUUCGGUUCGCAAUGGAGCUCAGGCGUGACAUCUGCCAUGAAAAGCACCAUCAAGAAAGAACUACAUAUCAACAACACCCAAUUCUCCCUCUUGGAAGCCAGCGAGGACUUUAUGGUCACUGCUUUGAUGCUUGUUAGUGGUAUCGUAACUGAUAGAAUUGGUGGAGCCGGCGCGAUGCUGUAUGGCAAUCUUAUCUAUUCGGUCGGAUCAAUCUUGGUGGCUGGAGCGGCUCAGACUCGAUCGUACAAGUUCAUGAUGGCCGGCAGAGUCGUGCGCGCUCUCGGCGACAUCGCCACGCAAGUCGCCCAAUACAAAGUCUUCUCAUCAUGGUUCGCCCCCGGAAACGGAUUCGCCUCGACUUUAGGCUUCGAAUUAGGUAUCGGUAAGAUCGGAGCCUUCGCCGGCAAGUCCUCAGCCAACAUCAUCUCCAAGAGGCUCGGCUUUGCCUGGGUUUUCUGGAUUGCGGUAUUUAUGAACAUCUUCACCAACGUCAUGACCGGCGUCUUCUACUUCUUCACCAAAGUGGCUAAUCGUCGCUAUCACGGUAUUAACGAUCCGGCUACUGGUGAGAAGCUCACUGAAAAGACGCGCAAGUUUGAAUAUCGCAAGGUCUUGGAACUUCCGUGGACGUUCUGGGCUGUCAUGGGCUUUUCGCUGUUUGAAACGAGCGCUGCUAUUGUGUUUCUGCAGAAUGCGACUGAACUCGCUGAGCAGAGAUUCGGUACCGAUUCUAUUGCAGCAGGAUGGUAUAGUUCCGUUUUGCAAUACUCAGGUUUCUUUGUCGUUCCUUUACUCGGAGUAUUCCUUGAUCUUUACGGAAGCCGUAUUUCUGUCUUGGUGUUCUGUGGCAUCGGCAUGUUCAUCUCGAUGCUUUUGGUGUGCUUCUCUGGAGCUGUCAAGGGGACAGCCGCAUCAUUCGGCGUCUUCGCUUUCGCAUACUGCUUCGGUCCCACCACGAUUAUCGAUAGCACGCGUACAUCCAUGUGGGACAGCACUGUCUUUGGCUCUGCUUACGCCAUCAAAAUCACAAUGAACAAUGCGAUGAACAUCAUUGUCAGAAUCAUCACCGGAAAGAUUCAAGAUGCCGAUAAUAACUCGUACGACAAUGUGACGAUUGUUUACGUCGUCCUCGCUGGACUGUCCGUCGUUGUAUCGCUGCUUCUCGCGAUCGGGGCGUGGAAGUCUGUGGACCUUGGACACCUUCAAUGGUCACGAAAGAAGAGAAUUGCACGCGGAUCCUUGCUCAACGAAAGAAAGGAGAUUUUUACCAAGGAGAACGGUGAGAAGAAUAGGCGGGUGUCGCUGGCUUGCUUCGCUACCUUGAUUCUGUUGAUCAUCGGUAGCUGGUGCGGAUACUUCUGGGGCAUUGCGACUGGAAAUAAUGAUUGA